CCUACAGACUAUCACCAGUCAGUUAGUUGCAGAAACCUUGUAACGGACAACUCUCCUCCCAGUCGGCCCUGAACAUUUAGCCAGAGAAGCGGCCAGCAUGGAGAACUUGUACGAGACCAUAGCGGAGGGGAGCGUGUAUGAGCGGCCCGACAGUCCUGCCGAGGCCAAGUAUGAGAACCAAGGAGUUAUCUAUGAAACUCCCAGUGAGGUGGAAGAGGCGUUGCACAGAGAGGAGCAGGUGUACUCAUCCCCGAGAGGGAAGCGAUCUUCGCCGGACUACAUGGACACCAGAGACGCGCCGGAACAGGCAGCAGAGAAAGAUUGUUCUUCUUCAGCCUCCUCGUACGGCAACAAUGAGGACGAUAAGUGCACGGUGGAGGAGAUUAAAUUAGCAGCAGAGGUUGAGGCUGUCCUCGAGGUUAACGGUGAUGGAGCUGGCUCGAGACGGUCAUCGUCAUCAUCAUCCUCCUCUUCCUCCUCCAAGCACGAGGGCAACCUGCAGGACAGGCUGGUGGAUGCCUACAGCCACAGUGAGAAGAGUCUGAGCGACAAGGAGGAGGAAGAACCGGUGGACUACAGUCUGAAGACCAUCGAGACUCUAGAAGCCAUUACUCUGAACGAGGACAGUGCCACUCCUGAUGACCCCAAUGCACCCGAAAUCUCCCUGUUUGUCAAGGCGGGUAGCGAUGGAGAGAGUAUCGGGAACUGUCCGUUCUCCCAGCGUCUCUUCAUGAUCCUGUGGCUAAAGGGAGUGGUCUUCAAUGUCACCACCGUCGACCUCAAGAGGAAGCCUGCUGACCUCCAUAACCUAGCCCCAGGGACCCAUCCUCCCUUCCUGACAUUUAAUGGAGAGGUGAAGACAGACAUCAACAAGAUAGAAGAGUUCCUGGAGGAUGUACUGGCUCCACCCAAGUACCCUAAGUUGGCAGCCAAGCAGAGAGAGUCCAACACAGCUGGAAACAACAUCUUUGCCAAGUUCUCAGCGUACAUCAAGAACACCAAGCCUGAAGCUAAUGGAGUCCUGGAGAAGGGUCUGCUGAAGGCACUGAAGAAGUUAGAUGACUACCUGGCUGGUCCCCUCCCAGAGGAGAUCGAUGCAGACAGCAUGGAGGAGGAGAGGGGGUCCACCAGACGCUUCCUGGAUGGAGAUGACCUCACCCUGGCUGACUGCAACCUACUGCCCAAACUACAUAUAGUCAAGGUGGUUGCUAAGAAGUAUCGUAACUAUGAGAUUCCGUCUGAGCUGGGUGGGGUGUGGCGCUAUCUGAAGAAUGCCUACACACGAGACGAGUUCACCAACACCUGCGCUGCCGACAACGAGAUAGAGAUGGCUUACCUGGAUGUGGCCAAGAGACUGGAGAAGUGACAUUUAACCCCUAACCUCUAACCUACAACCAUGAUUUUUAACCCCUGGCCUCUAACCCCUGACCUCUAACCCCUGUCCUCUAAACUACAAGCCUGAUUUAUAACCCCCUGACACCUAAUCCCUGACCUCUAACCCCUGACCUCUAACCCCUGUCCUCUAACCUACAAACCUGAUUUUUAACCCCUUGAAACCUAACCCCUGACCUCUAACCCCUGACCUCUAACCCCUGACCUCUAACCCCUGACCUCUAACCCCUGAUCUCUAACCCCUGACCUCUAACCCCUGACCUCUAACCUACAAGCGUGAUUUUUAACCCCUUGAAACCUAAUCCCUGACCUCUAAACCCCGACCUCUAACCCCUGACCUCUAAUCCCUGAUCUCUAACCCCUGAUCUCUAACCCUUGACCUCUAACCUACAAGUGUGAUUUUUAACCCCUUGACUCCUAAUCCCAACCCAUAUCAGCAGUUACCAUGAAGCCAGUCCACAGUGACCAGCUGGUUGUAUUUAUUCAUAAUUUCCCCUGCUGUAGUCUGCCUCCACCAUCAACAUCUGGCUACUGAUUAUACUAAUAUAUUGAUUGAUGUAUUGAUCUGUAAUUGAUAAAGGUCCAUUACAAUCA